GUUACGUGUGUCCCCUCACCGCUAGCUGGACAGUGCGUGUGUGUGUCUGUGUGUGUGUGUGUGAGAGAGAGAAUCCAUGCACGAGUGUGUGCUGCUCGGGUCUGGAUGUCGGACUGUUUCCCCGGUGAAGAAGCACCGAACCCCGGCCUUGUGAGCAUGCCCCAGCGCGGCGUGUGACCCGCUGGAAGUCGCGGAGCGGCCGCAGGGAGCCAGUCUCGUCUCCGGGCCGCGGUUGGAAGCGCCAGAGCGACCGGCAGGAUGUUGCAAGUUCUAGCGUGUGGCGCCGUGGUGUUCCCCGGGCUGUUCCUCGCCUUCAGGCGGCUGCUGCCCUGCGUGUUCCGGCACUGGAGCGAGGCCGACGCGGUGCUGGUCAGCGAGAGAGUGGUGUCCUCCAUCCAUGCCAUCAUGGCAACAACUGCAGGAGUCAUCAUUGUGACAUCAUGCAGGGACAACGUCAUUAACGACAGGCACUGGCUGGCCACAUCCUUUGUCAUCUGGUACGGCGUGCCCUACAUGACGUACGACCUCUUCGCCAUGUACCUCAGUCACUACCACCGUUUCCGAGUCAAAGGUCACGACGACUACAAGCAGCACUCGCUGAAGACGGUGAACUCCUUCGUCCGCAGGGAGUUCCUGCUGGUGCUGCAUCACAUCGCGCUGCUCACCAUCCUGCUGCCGGUCACACUGUUUUUCAGGAAGGACCAGGGGGAUUUCUUCAUUGGCUGCUUGUUUCUAACAGAGCUCAGCACUCCCUUUGUCUCCCUGGGGAAGAUACUCAUCCAGCUUGCCCUCCAGAACUGCUGGCUGCACAAGGCCAAUGGCGGUAUGGUACUGUUCACCUUCUUUAUGUGCCGCAUCGCUCUCUUCCCCUACAUGUACUGGAUGUACGGCCGCCACUAUGGAGUCCCGCUCUACAGCGUGCCCUUCCACCUGCCGCUGUCGACCAACCUGGGCAACUUCUGCAUCCUGGCGCCACAGGUCUACUGGUUCGUGCUGCUUUGCCGGAAAGGCUACCGCCUGUACAAGCGUAGCCGAUGUCCCGAUCCGUCUCCUGCGGUCACAGUCACUGACAAUUCUAAGGACGAUUGAUAUCCGGUUCACUACUGCUCGCUCAAGCUGCACACUCAGCUACUAACGCAACUACUUCUACAGAGGCACUAGUUUGACUUAACAUUUUUCGAACCCCACCAUUGUACUGUAGUACACCAGGACUGCCUGCUGUUGUCCCACAAUUCCUGGGCAUUUUCCGCACACUUUUAAUUCCUCUGUUACAAAUCUGCUGCCUACAUGGACCUCUCCACCGAUCGAACUCUAACUACUGAAGUUUGCUGACUGGGGUGUUUUUUUUUU